AAACUUUAGAGCGUUUCCGUGUCACUUCCUCGUUCUUCAGCUGGAGGCAAAAUCUUUUAUGCGGACGGACUCUCUCUGAAAUAGUCGAACUAUUCGAGGCUUUAUUUAAACUUUAUCUGACCUCCUGAGUUACAAACUAACUAAAUGUUUCUAACAAGAAGCUAAUUUGUACUACAUUUGCCUGUGAGCUCCUGGCCGGCAUAAAGUUUUGGAGCUAUGGCUGACGGUCGGGAAGAGGAGGAAAGAGGACUUGAAGAGCAGGGUGCUGUGGGUGGGGAAGAUGUUGUCGAUGACCCCAUCAUGGAGCAAGGAGCUGUGCUUCUCAGAGGGUAUGUGAUUGGACGUAUGAAUACAGAGGAUCCAGGGCAACGCGUCUCUUCUGUGGAUCUCGGAGGAAGACCAAAUGAACAGCAGGAUCCACAGAUAAAAGAAGUGGUGGAGCAGCUGCUCAAGAUUGCCGAAGAGAUAAACCGGAAUGCUGAGCUCCAACGACUCAUCAGCCAGGUUCCGAACAACUGUGCUCAGGAUGUCUUCAUGACGGUGGCCAGGAGCAUCUUUACUGAUGGCAUCAACUGGGGUCGAGUGGUGGCCCUCUUCCAUCUGGCCUACAGACUCAUCUACAAGGCACUGACCACUAACCAUCUAGAGAACAUCAGGAUUAUCAUCAGCUGGGUUCUCCAGUUCAUCAGAGAGAAACUCUACUUCUGGAUCGUACAGCAGGGAGGCUGGGAGGGGGUGAUCCGUGGUAUUUCCCGAUGGAGGACAGCAGCAGUAGUUGCAUCAGUAGUAUUGGUUUUUGCCUUUGUUUACUACAGGAAGACCCGCUGAAGCCAUCAAACCUCAAAUCGAGAGCUGGAGAUACGUUUCCUGAAUAAACUUGGCCUGGACCUUUUUAAUAAGAGACAGUUUCUUGAUUUUUAAUAUCACCACUCCCUAGUCUCCUUCUCAUGAACCACUGAGGUCAGCUAUGCAGGGCUGUUCUGUAGACUGUUCUGUGUUCUCAGGUAAUCAAGGAAAGAAAGGGCAGUCUGUCCAUUGUCUACCUUCAUCAGCUAGUAUGCUACUGUUUAAUAUCUAUUAUGGAGUUAUAAUAAAGGACUUUAAGGUGACCUAACAUAUCCCCUUGCAGCCAUGUUGGAGGUCUCCUGGUCUUGGGCAGCAGAGGCUGUGAACAGCUGUUGGCAUUUCAAAUGUUUUUAAACUUACCACAUGGCUUUCUCAGUACAAUUUCUUAGACAUGAUUUAAUUUUGGCUCUGUUUUUGACUCAAUUUUUGUCAUCAAUAAUAAUAAUCAAAUUUUAUGUUAGAUAAUGUCAGCCUGUGAGCUAGGUCAUUAUACUCAGCUGUACACAAGGUUAAAGGACCACGCUAGUGAUUUUUAAUGUUUGGCCCAUUUACUACGAUUUACCCACAUUUUCCAUUGUAAUCAAAAGCCAUCCAUUUUCAAAUAUGAAUUUUGAGUUGAAACACCCUUCUUAUAAUGUGCUGCCUUUGUGGCUUACAGUCAUCAACAUUCAUAAACCUCAGAACUCAUAAUUGGCUGUGGAAAGCAAACAUCUCCUCGGGACUGUUCUCAAGCACAAACCACAACAGUGUGGCUCCUUUUAGGAAAACUAAUGUGGACAGCUUUAUUACAGUGAUGGAAUACUGGUGUGAAGAAAGUUUGAAGUCUCUGAAAAUUCAUUUUCAUAUCAUAGGGGAAUGAAUGGAAUCUAGUGGCAGGAUAAAAGGGAGGAAAAUUUAUGUUGGAAUUCUAAUAUACAGUUGUUUGCUGUGGGAAAAGAUUAGCAGAAAUAUUAAGUAAAUAUUUUGUAGAUAUUACGCUAAACAUGUAAAAUCACUGGUAUGGUCCUUUUUAAAAUGGUUCUUCAAAUAGCUGUAGUCAUUUAAUUAGCAGCAUCUAGCAUUACAAGUGGAAUCUGCUAGUACAGUAGCCGAAUAUCAAGAUUAAUUCCUGAGCUGGCAAACAAAACCACAAACUAGUUUGUUCACAUUACCUGAGCUGCUCUCAUAGGCUACAACUCAGUGUUUUGGAGUAGACAUUAGGGCUAAAAUUUGGAGCCACAGCACCUUCCCUUUUUUUUAAAACAAAACAAACAAACAAACAAAAAAACAUUGAAUGGAUCUGCACCCAUACAACAACAAUCUCUCCAAGUGUCUUUCUCUUUUCAGCGUGUUUAAAUAUGCAAAAGAUAUUUUCUCACAGCUAGUUCUCCAUUUGACUUCCAUGAUGGUGUGCAGUAGAUAUGAGAUUUAUACCACAACUGUAAAGACCCGUCAGUUCUGGUGCAGAAAAUGGAUAACUAUAUAAUUUACUUAUUAAAGUAUUUUGUGGCAGAAAGUAGCUGAUUAUGUCAGUGCAUAAUGAGGGAAAGGAGUAGCAAUUUGCAAUAGAGGGAAAUCCCUGACUUGCUAUGUGGGGGGAAAAAAGGGUUUUGGGAUUAAAAAAAAAAAAAAAAAAUCAAUGCAAUUGUCUAUUAUUAUUAUUAUUGUUGUUGUUGUUGUUU